AUGACGCGCGUCCUGCUCACGCUCUUGUCGGCUGCGUAUGUGGCUGCGACCGCCAACUUGCGCCAGCAGCAGUUCAAGGUCUGCAAGGUCGACACGGAUUGCAACGACGGCUUUUACUGCAAGCCCACGGACGACGGGACGUUUGCCAUGUGCCAGCCCGGCGGCCGGUCGCCAGCGCGCAACUUUGUGUGUGUCGACCACGCCGACUACUGGGGCGACGACCUCUACAACCUCCGGACCGGCUACGACGGCUGCCUCUAUGCAUGCCGCACCAACGCCAACUGCAAUGCAUUGGCAUGGCUCCAAGAUAACGCUGGCGCCAGCGGCAC